AUUCCACCACCCCUCUUCACUCUGCUGCUGAAUCAGUUGUACCUCAGUGUCCAAACAUCCUAUCUACCCUGAGCAGGAGUGAACUCAAGCCCAAGAGGAGGAAAGGAGGAUACCCAAUUCAGAGGAAGGAAAGAGUGAGGCAGGAAAAGAGAUAGAUAGAUAGGGAGAGAGAGAGAGAAAGAGAGAGAGAGAGAGAGGAGGAAGGCAGGUUUUUCCAUCAGAGAUCCCUGUUUUUGACACUGACUUUGCUUGGGCACCAACAGCUACUAAGAAGGAUUGAAAUAAAAAAAAUCAGGACCACGAAAAGAGCUAAGGACUUUCUCAACAAUUUCAAAGACAGAUCUGAAGAGAUCUGCUCACCAACAGGAGGAUUACAACCAACCACCUGGGAAAAUAUUUGGCAGAUUUUGUGGAGGAUACAAAGGCCCAAGGUUCUUUAAGUUCACCGUAAACUGUGCUCUUCUGAGCUCGCUGUCUCUGUGAUUCAGGAUGAGUUUGUCUCGUAACGGGACGCUGGAGAGGACGGCGUCUCAGCAGUUCGGCUCUGAUGGAGAUGACUCCGAGUCGACUCGUCUGCAUCACACGAGCUCCAUGUCAUCGCCGGUUGUUGACCCCGCGACCCCAGCAGCAGUGGUUCCUCCUCCGUACUCAUCCUCCAACGCUUCGGCCGAGCCGCUGGAACUCAGAGCCUCGCUGGACUGCUGGGCGUGCUCGGUUCUCGUCACGUUGCAGAACCUCAUCAUCGCCGCCGUGAAUGUAGCACUCGCCGCCGUUAUUUUCGGAAUCAUCCUCACUCCGGCGCUCACCAUGGUCGUGUUCGGCUUCCUCUGCCAUUCUAAGGUUCAGCCCCAUGGUACGUCGGUUUAUUGCUCGGACCUGCUCAACGACGCGUCCUGUGUGGCUCUGCUGGUCGUGGGCUUCUUGUUGUUGGUUCCUCUGCUGGUGUUGGCUCUAGCGGCGUACUGUAGAUUGGCACGUCACCUGCAACUCGGCCUCUGCUUCAUCCCUUACAGCCGCGCCGUCUAUAAAAACCUUCCGGUGUCUCAGCACCCGGGGCUGAGGGGCUGCUGCGGCCAGCAGGGGGCAGCGGAGAGAGACGCCAAAGCCAGCGUGUGGGUGUGAGGACGUACGGGACGCUCUGCAGAGUCUUGGGCUGAAACUGUGAUGAAGAGUUAAUAAUCCAAUGAUCUACUUUUUUUUAUUAAUUUGUAUAGUAAUUACGCGCAUUUUAAAUCAAAGGCAGAUGAAUCCACUGGUUUCUGAACUUUUUUUUUAUCAAAGAAAUUUCAAAAUUGCAUGGUUUUUUUUUCUUGAUUUUAUUUUUGCAUUUUAAUUUCGAGGACUGAACAUCGCAUCAAAUGGCAUUGCAUGAUUCUGAUAUGUUUAACAUACUUUUGUGUCCUGUCUUGUGUUUUUUUCAAUAAACUUAAAAUCAGAAAUUCUCACAAA